AUGGCUUCCGGAGCCUUAUCAGUAGAAGAAAGCUCUGCUUCUGCAGUUCUGAAUUCUCGACCUCUCUUUACUAAUGGAACUCUAGGGCAGGCAUCGUUAGCAACUACGAGUAGCUCAGCCGCGGAGGAUAGUGCACUCCAGACACUCAACGUCGAUGAAGAUCAAGACAGUGCCAUUGGUGGGAUGUCAGUUGUUACAACCACAAUGUCACUGAACGCAAGCGUGUAUGAUUUCUUGGAAGAGAAUGGAAGAACUUACCAUCGGUACAAACAAGGCAGUUGGGCAACUACAUCUGUGUAUACAGAGAUGGAUAGACUAGAUCUUCAACAUCAACUUUGGCUACUUACUCUAAACGAUGAGCUGCACCUUGCUCCCAUCAAAAACCCUCAACAUGUCUUGGACAUUGGUACGGGCACAGGUAUAUGGGCUAUAGAAUUUGCAACUAAACACUCCUCCUCCCAAGUAAUCGGCAACGACUUAUCUCCAAUCCAACCCACCUACAUCCCCUCAAACUGCACCUUCGAACUCGACGACGUCGAAGACCCCUGGUCCUACUCCCACCCCUUCGACUACAUCCACGGCCGCGCCCUCGCCACCUCUUUCCAAGACAUCCGCUCUGUCAUCACCUCCGCCUUCACCUCCCUCUCCCCAGGCGGCUACCUCGAACUCCAGGACGGCGCCCUCCCCAUGCGCUCCAUCGACUCGAGCCUCAGCGGCACCUCCCUCGACCUAUGGCAGCACCUCACCAUCUCCGCCGCGGCGAAACUCGGCAAGUCCUGGGACGCGGUGCACACGUACGUGCAAUUCAUGGAGGAAGCCGGGUUCGUCGACGUAGUAGAAACGCAUUUUCAGUGGCCGACGAGCACGUGGGCGAAGGGCGAGCGAGUGAAGUUGCUUGGACGGUAUUGGCAGGAGGAUUUGAAUCGGGGGUUGGAAGCUAUUUCGAUGGCGGCAUUGACGAGAGCGGGCGGGAUGAGCAAGGAGGAGGUGUUGGAGUUGACGGGGAGAGCGAGGAGGGAUGUUUUUGAUAAGAAUAUACAUGCGUAUAUGCCUGUAGUUGUUGUUUAUGGCAGGAAGCCAGCUCUAAACGAAGUUUCUAUUCGCUGA